CGAAUUUUUGUUCCAAUUAAAAUAGUUCCGACUAUAGUUAAUUCAAAUGCUAUUAAACCGUCAUCUAAUAUAGAAGUAAUUCAACGAAUGUCCAAUUUUUUUAAAGCAAAUAAUGGAAAAUUAUUAAUAUUAACAGGAGCAGGUGUGAGUACUGAUUCAGGAAUUCCUGAUUAUCGAGGACCACAAGGAACCUAUGUAAUAAACAAGAAUUAUAAACCAAUAUUUUAUCAUGAGUUUGCAGGUCAACAUAGAUUUCGUCAACGUUAUUGGGCCAGAUCAUUUCUCGGAUGGCCACCAGUACAAAAAACGAAACCAAAUUCCUCACAUAUUGCUUUUACACAAUUACAAUCUUUAGGUUAUAUUCAAAAUAUAGUCACACAAAAUGUUGAUGGAUUACAUCAAAAAGCAGGAACAAAAAAUAUUUUAGAACUUCAUGGUACUUUACAUGAAGUUCAUUGUAUGCAAUGUGGUCAUAUACAAAAAAGAUCUAAUUAUCAAGAUAUAUUGAAUGAAUUAAAUCCUGAAUGGAAAGAAUUUUUAAAUCAAAUUGAAUCAUUUAAGAUUAAACCAAAAGUGAGACCUGAUGGUGAUGUAGAUUUACCAUCAAAUACUUCGUAUGAAACUUUCCGUUAUCCAUCAUGUGAUCAAUGUAAAAAGGGAAUUUAUAAACCUUCAAUUAUAUUUUUUGGAGAAAAUAUUAAAUCAUCCGUUAAAUUAAUUGCUUCUGAUAUGGUAAAGGAUUGUAGUGCAAUAAUGGUUGUAGGAUCCUCUUUGGUUACUUAUUCGGCUUUUAGGUUGAUAAAAUCUGCUCAUGAUUCUGGUAAAAAUAUUGUAAUCAUUAAUUCUGGAGAAACGAGAGGAGAUAAUUUAGCUUGGUUAAAAAUUGAAAUGCUUUGUGGUGAUAUUUUACCUUUAAUUUCUCAACAAAUAACAGAAUUGAUAGACUUUCAAAAAUAAUUUAAUUAAUAAUACUAUUGAUCACAAG